CUGCUCUAAAUAUACCCACUAAGACAUUGAAUUACAGAGACAGCCAAUUUCAAUACUUGUCUCUAAAAUAAAACCGAUGACAAUAACAAAAAAUAAUUCCCGCGGAAAAUGAUAGAAAAACUCACCUUGAGAAUUACCUAACUCUUUUCGCGGAGACUAAAGAAGCUCUGACACGUAAAUAGAACAAUAGACCAUUGAAAACUUACAACGAUAGAACAAUGGAAUUUCUAAAAACAGAAGUUUUACAUUUUUAUGUGCACACGUUUCGUUCGUAUCAGAUAUCUGCUAACAAGCGAAGAAAAAGCAACUUUGGCGUUCAGAAAUAUAUUUUUUCACGUUUAUUUAAUAAAAAAAUCCACAUUAACGACAACACGAACAAUGGCAUCGAAUAAUUACAUAAAUAUAUACCCUACUACAACACCCAGCAACACGAGUCCAAACACACCGGAAGACAUAUUCCUUACACAAGACGUGUUCCGAAAUCAAGAAGUUCUCGUGACCGUAGAUAAAUUAGAAUUAGAAAUACUAAGGCACAGUACCACCCUGGAACCCGAAGACAAAAAAGAAGGAGACACAACACAAAAAGACGAAGAACUAAGUGACAGCCAAAUGCUAGAAACGACUCUUACGGCCUGAUGGUUCCAUAUCAGUGGUGGAACUUUAAUAGCUUCCACUGCGAAACAAUAGCAGAUUAAGAAAAAAAAGACAUUUGAAGAUUGAAAGAUGGUGAAAACUUCGAAUAAAAAAAAGUUAGUGAAGAUAAGUAAACUGAAGAAUAUCAGAACAUUUAUUUUAAAAAGCAAUAAUAUAUUGUAAUUGUUUGUUUAAGACUGUUAGCACCAAUAUAUAACUUUUUUUAAUGUUUUUUGUAAAUUUUUA